GCAUUUUUAAAGUUGCCCGAAGUUCCAUCCACCAUCUCCUAAACAUUUCUCGGGUAGCAUAAUAGAAUAUGUUUACCGCUCAUGGGAGAAAUUUAUGGAUAACGUAAAAAUUAUUUACAUACACAAGCCUCCACUGCCAAAGCGAACGGAAGAACAGCGCCCCCUGUUGACUGGCGGCGGUACAAGUACUCGACGAGUCUUGCGCCUCCGGGACGUGGUCUGGUUCACAACCAGGUGUUGAGUCGUUUGAGGGGUGACGUCAUGUUGCCGCUGAGGACCGCGUAUGUUCCCCGGUUCGGCUCACAGCAGAGCUCCAGUCAGACAGAUGAAGCCCAAACGGACCACACUGGCCGUCAGCCCCGUCCGAGGCCGAAGAAGCGCGGGAACAAACGGGCCAGAGGCCACGAAGCGCGGCCCGUGUUGAAGGUGAAGCUGCCGAAGCUCAGCAAAAGCACUUCGUCCAAGACCGCAGACGCAUCAGCGGGAUGGAUCGAAACGGCCGCAAGAGAAACUCAUGGAGCCUCGAACAAAGCAGAAAUACAGAAUUCUCAAUCUGAAGAUGGAAGUGUUUACUUUUUCUCUGAACCACCCAACAAGGAAGCAACAAGUGAGAAAGAAAAGGCCAAACUUUCAGUGCUUAAGACAAUCUCCAAGAUGCUGGAGGAGAACCAGCUUAUCAGACAGAGACUGGCUGUUCUUUGCUCGGCCCACGGGCUGUAACUCCACCUGUAUCCUCAGUGUUAUCAUAUGCUCUGACUUUUAGUUCUUUAUGCAUACAGCAUGUGUUACAAGACUCAGUUGGGCAGUUCAUCCAUAUUUGUGAUUAAUCCUAACAUGGUGUGAAGUCAUAACAGUGCAAAGAAGUGUUCAGUGUAAUAAAUUAUAUUAGUUGUUAUUAUAGUCCAUUUUCAGGUCAUUUGCUCUUUUGAGUCAUUAGACAUUUUAUGUUUUUGCAAAGUCCAGUGCUUCAUAAAUUUGUGUAUUAUUACCGGUAGGUUUAAGUUUCUCCGAAGUCUUACAGUAUGUUGCUGAACUAUUUCAGUUAUCUGAGAUAGACCUCAUUUAUCCACCAGAGGGACCCAUUUCAUCCAACAUCAGUGUCUGCUGUGAUACAGGAUAGGUUUCAGUUUCUUGUCGCAUAACACAAUGUUUUCUGACAACAUAUUAGUCAGAGAGCUGAGCAACAGCAUCAGUACAUUUUUAUUUGUAAGGUUCUUCAUCUGUGAAUAAAUAUGAAUGUGCUUUCAUUGUUGCCAUGGAGGUUAUAGUUCAUAGCAUAUUCAAUCUUUCCCAUUUCUCUUACUGUCAAGUUUAUCUCCUUGUUUAAUUCUACGAUUAAUCUAUGUUGUGUUGACUUGACUUCUCACCUAUUAGCCUUGUCUGAUUUUGAUUGGUCAACAUUAUUUAUCAUCAGCAUUUGUCAUCAUCAAUGGUUUCUCAACUUUUACAUCUUUCUUAUCGUUUUGUCUUAUUCAACCUUUUACCUUUUUCUUGCAUUGGUUGACAUUUAGAAACCUAAAUCACCUGCAUUUGUCAGUCAGGAGCUUGGAAGCGAUCAGCGUCAUAUUCUGAAUAGCUGUCCCACGCAGUUUCUUUAGAAUUUACUAGUUGUUACUCACUUUCUACUAAUGUCUCACAAGUCUAUAUUUUUGUGGUUAAAAACAUUUGUUCAAUUACCCACAAUAACCUUUAUGUGGAAAAACAAUUGGACAGGAGUUGUAAUAAUAUUAUAAAGUCAUCUGCUUAAAUAAGAAUAUUGACCUGAAGGUGUUCAGUGAUGAUUUCGCCACCAAAGGUUUCAGGUAUUUUAUCAGAAUUUACAUUAGUCAAACAACUUUAGAGCCGCAUGUGGCUGCAAUUAUUUUAACUGUGAAAUAACGGUUGUUAAACCAUGGACAAUUUACUUGAAAUUGUUCUACAGUUUGUUAAUGCUUUGAUUGAUGAGCCUCAUUGCCUCUGCAUUUAGAGGCCAAUUGUUUUAGCCUUUUCUGUCUUGUGCACAACAUGCCAGCGUUAUCGGAGUUCACACUAAAGUUCAGAGAAGUAUAAUGUCUGUACUGUAAGUGCUGUGUUCUAGGUGACUCCUUGUACAGGUAGUGUACGACAUGUACUCUACAUAGAAAAUAUAGCUUUGUUGUAGAUUUUCAAUCAACCGGAAUAACAAUGAAAGUAGCUUGGAUAUAAUGAAAAUUGCAUCUUUAUAAGUCAUAAACAUUUUUAUAUGUAUACUAUCCUAUAUACUCUACUUAUGUAAACAUAGAACAAGAUGCUUUAGCUCCUUAAGUUCAAAUUAUGUUGUCCUCUGCAGCAAAUAGACUUGGUGGUUUUGCAGCAGUAAACAGGUGGUUUACUGAGAGUGUUUUUACAGCAUGGAGGAUAAAUGACUGUUGGGGUGAUAAUUAGCAGUUAAACAGGCUUUUUAAUCAGAGCUGCGGUCUGCCAGGAGACUGGCUGACUGUGGCAGCUGUACCUCCAGACCACACCACUGAACCUGCUGACAUGCAGUUUGCUGCAUUGUUUACACAGACAGAGGCCCUGGGAUGUUGUGCCGUUUAAAGUGAGAUACUUUUGUUUGUUUGACCUGGUUCUGAAAUAAUUGUAGUUAGGGGAAAUCGGAGUUGCAUCGGAGAGGAGACUGAGCUGAGCAACAAUAUGUAACAUAUUGCUGUGUAGUUAUUUCUGUUAAGUCCCAGCUGUGGAUAUCAUGCUUUCAUAAGCCGCCCUCUGUUGCUGCAACUCUAAAAUUUCAAGCCUCUGUUUAAGUCUAAACAGCUCAGCUGGGUGGAAGUGGGUUUUUGGUUUAUUCAAAUUUCAUGACCCUGCAUAGUAAUGAAGUGAUACAGUACUUCUGUUUUACGAUUUAUGAUAUUUUAACACUUGCUGUACCACAUCCUGAGUGAAAUAUUAACACAACAUAUUUCCACGUAAAGUUUGCAGUUUGCAGGCCUCCUUGAAACCACUGACUUAUUUUCAAAAGCACAUUGAACACUAGAAACACCUUUCUAUUAUCUGUGAUAUUAUAAUUAUCAGAUUACAUUAACCUGAUAACAGAACUGAGGUUUGCAAGACUGCAUCUGAAAGAAUAAAACACAUAUGAGAGCGCUAAGUGUAGCCCUGAUGCCCAAGUGCCAUGUAUGAUGAUAGCGAAACACAGUGUCACAGCCAUGGGACCAGUCAGCUUGCCGUUUUUGAGCCGACCAUCAAAAGCCUCGAUACCAGAGUUUUCUAGUGGCAAAUAUGAUGCCAUCUGUAUAACAGCUAAGGCUUGAUGGCAGCUGCUUAAUGAUCCAAAACACAUCAGUGAAUCUACAUCAUCAUGGUUCUGCAUUGGCCUAAUCAAAGUCCAGACCUCAACCCAAUUGAAAUGCUGUGGCAGGACGUGAGCUGUGUGUAGCUGAAUGCCCCAAAACCCUCAUUGAACUGAAGCACCACUAAGCCAAAAUUCCCCCAGAGUGAUGUGAGAGUAUGAUAAAGUCAAACAGGAAACGAUCACUUUAGGUUACUGCUGCUAAAGGAUCUGCAAACUGAUUCAUCAUGUAUUUCUAAGAUGUCUAUCUCCUUUUUUAACUAAGUAACAACUCCUAAAUAUAUUAGUGACUGCAGUUGCUAAAACAAUAUUUUAUGAACAGUGUUUUUUUUUUUCAUUCUUUUCAUGAAUAACCUCUAGGUGUUGUUUUUCGUGACACAGCAGGUCAGAGGCCUUGAAGUUACAAAGCAAGUAAGUGAAAGUAAUGGUUUGGGGUGUAAAAAUAACUAAUUACUACACAGAAAAAGUAGAAUUGCUUCAAAAACUUGUUUUAGGUGCUUUGAUUGUGGUUGACAAAGCAUCUGUAGGUGCAUUUUCAUGACCUUGAACAGAAGACGAAUGUUCAGCAAAGCCUGAGUGAUUCUCACCACCAGCCUUGGACCACAUCCUCACCUUAUGUGAAGGUAUGCAGGUCAAAACAUACUCCAAAUAACCUCUUGUCCUAAGAUUUGGGGGAAAACAUCUAAGGAGCUCAUUUGAAUUUUUGUUGUAAUCCAUCCCAUCCAACACUUAUAAGAACAUUAAUCAUCACUUAUCUUGAAGUUGUUUGGUGGUUGUGCCGUCCUUUUUUUUUCACGGGUAGUUUAUUUUGCCUGUCUCCAAAUGAAAUAUUGAUUUGCUCUUGAUUGGCCUGUUGAUGGCUGCAGUCAUGAAGUCUGUGGGUUGUGUGUGUGGUACUGUGUUUCACUUGGCUCGGCACAGGAUUCUGCAGGUCCUUGAGACUACAAUCGGCCUUGCUCUUAGACAGUACUUUUUAAGCAAUCAGAGUGAGCUGGCAGCCUCAGCGCUGUGGGCCACGGAUGCUCCGAUUCAGCCCUUUGGUGGGAGGAUCAUCACGUCCCCACUCUGUCACUCUGAAAUGAUGCUCACAUGAGGCAGUAUAAACAGUUGCUAUGUCCUUACGUCUAAGUCGCAUGUUGUGUACACCUAUUACUGUUGCGUCUCCGGCUGUUACUACUGUUAUUACUUUUUAAGUGCUUGUUAUACUUUGGUCACACUUUACCGUACUCCACUUUCUUCUUCUGAUUAGAGACAUUUUGUGAAGAUCUCUUCCAGAUACUCAACUAGUAGGAAAAGGACCAGUUUAAUUUCGCCCUUAAUCAGCUGCGCUAACUUAACUGCAGAAGGGUCUUAAUGAUCAAUUCCAUUUUUUCUUCUCGCUAAUAAACUUAGCAGAGCUAUUGAGCCGCUGCACCCACCAGACUAAUGUCUGGGAAAAUGAGCCUCAACGUGCCUGUAAGGAUUCUCCAUUAAUCCUACGAUAGUCCACCAACAGAAACAUUGUGCUUUUAAUCAAUUUAAUGUCAUUUUAAUUGAGAAAAAAUUAAAACAACAUUUCCACUAACUUAUGUACGUGUAUAUUCAUUCAGACAAAAUAGUCUUUUUCCUGUAUCUAGUGUUAAAAGGCUGUUUCUUUUUCCUACAACGUGAAGACCUCUCCUCCACAGCUUUCACACUCCACACACUUACAGUACCCGGUGGAGCACACGGAGGCCCCUCGCUUGAUUCACGUGCUCACAGGAGAGGAGCCUCUGUGCCGUGUGAGCACUUUGCUUCAUAUGGAGACGAAUGACGUUAAGCGAGUUGAGCCCCUGAUGCAACUGCAAUCCUGCUGAUUACAGAGCGCGCACCCGUCUCUGAGGUCUGAUCACAGAGCUCCGGACGCCGCCCUCCAGUCCCUGCACAGGUGGCCUGUGUAUGUGUGGGCAUCUGUAUACUGUAUAAGCGAAACACAGACCAGAAGACAGACGUAAACUGGGAACAGACUAUGGCUACUACACAAUCAGCAUAUAAGCAUUGCGUCAGCUGCUGUGCUGGCCUCUGCUUUGCUGAAUGGACACAUCCCAGUCGGGGUGACGCUAAACCUUCUGCUGUUCAUCUGUUCAUGUCGCUUUUUGAUAUCGGCACACUUUCUGGCUGCUGUUCAGGACUUUGCGCCGCUCUGUCCUGCCAGCGAGUGGCUGGAGGAGGCAGCAUUUAAGGUGCUGCAUGUCUCAUGAUGUUCCUUAAUACUCUUGAGCCCCGCUGUGUGCUCAUCAAACAGGCACGAGACGCCUCUGUCUCCAGCGAUGGAGCAGAGACUGGGGCUAAUCGCAGCGGGCGCCACACACCUCGGGAAGGUAGCAAUUUUCCAUCAUUACCGUUAAAUCCUGCUUAAAAGGACCGGAUUCCGUGGACCUAAUUACAAGGUGUUAAUAAUAACAAUGUAAUGACAGUCAUUUUAAAUCCUGCCCAAAUCCAUAAUUCAUCUCCCAACCAGCUUCCACGCUGAAAUGUGUGCUGACUGUGUAGAGAUGUCUGAGAUUUGAAAGCUCCUUAAUGCUUAUUGAUUACCAUUGAUUACCCACACACCUGGAGCAACGUCACGCUCAAGUUAGAGCUUGUAGGAGCUCAGUCGGCUCUUGUUAAGGGGGAAAUACAGCUUUGUCACUGCACUCAGCGCUUUCAGAUCAGCCAAGCAGUGGGAUGGGAAAGAGUUUAGCAUUGAUCAGUUGUUUGGGCUCAGAUCUGUUCAAAAUUCACACACGUCAAUUCAAGACCUUCUGCUCUGCCGUUUGCGGAGCUGUGUGCAGGACAGUUUGCUGCCGUCAGUAAUUAUGAUUAAAGCUUCUCCGGGUGUGAGCUGGGGUGUGGCACCACAGGGAUCCCUGAACACAUCAUCCCGUCAUUAGUAUUCCCCCGACCGCGCAAUCAGUCCGCAUCAUUGGCUGAAAGUGCGCAGUCCCUCCCACAGUUCCCCCAUUUCCAACUUUUGCGAUAGAAGUUGUUCGGACUUUCUCCGCGUGGACUCUGGCUGUUUGCGCUACGUGACCAGAGCGCAAUGUGUUCUCUCGGUCUUAGAAGUAAGUAACGCACUCCGGAAAUAAAGCAUGUCUUUCCCCGGAGACGGGAGCCGCAAGUCCUCGACGGACGAGGAUGAGCCGCCGCCGCCGCCGCCGCGGCUGAAGGAGCGCGCCGCGCAGGUGUCCUACCUGCCCUUCAGCGUGAACGCGCUGAUGUCGGAGACGAGGCGACCGCGGGGGACGCGUGGAGAGACGAGCGACGUGUCGCGACAAUUAGCACCGGUCAAAGCAGAGCCGCCAGAAAAGCCCAGUGCGUCCUGGAUAGUCAACCCCAUGACGAUGCCCGCAUCACCCAGGCAGCUCAGUCCAGCGGUCUGUCCCUUGAGGAAGCACAAAACCAACCGCAAGCCUCGCACUCCCUUCACCACCACGCAGCUCCUGGCCCUGGAGCGGAAGUUUUGUCAGAAACAGUACCUGUCUAUUGCGGAGCGGGCCGAGUUCUCCUCCUCCCUGUCGUUGUCUGAGACCCAGGUCAAGAUCUGGUUCCAGAACCGACGGGCGAAAGCCAAGAGGCUUCAGGAGGCCGAAGUGGAGAAACUCAAAAUCACAGGCAGAGCUGGACCCAAAGCCGUCCUGCACCCAGACUUCCCCACCAUAGGCUUUCCUCUCGCUGUCAACCUGCAGGCUGGAUCUGCAGCCCUGUGUGGACUGGGCUGCUCAUACGGCCGCAGCCCCAUCAUCCCAGCACAUGUGGCUGUGUACGCCUCGCAGGUCGGCUACAGCCUGUUGCACCUCUCCUGAGGGGAAGCAGCGCUGUUCAGACAAGUUGCUGGAUCUGGAUCGAGAUGUGUGAGGAAAUCCUUUACCAAACAACAUGGACUUGAUGUUGAGCCUUCACCUUUUAAUUUAGUGUCUGAAUAACACCUAACACUGAAGCAAUCCACAUCUUUUUGAAUAAUAAUCUGUAGCUUAGACAAAGUUUUUUUAAUUUGGGGUCCUGUUCAAACUGUGUGCCUGUAUUCCUUAAUCAAGGAUUUUACAAAGUAAGGAAUCUGUGCAAUAAAGAGACAAAUCUAUUAAUGGAAAUCUCUGAACUAUUGUACUGAUCUGCCUAAUGGAGACCUGCAGCCUACUUAUGUACAGUGUGUGUGGGUGGUCUCAGUAAAAAGGCGUAAAAAUCUUUAGUGAUAUCACAGUGAGUGGUAAUUUUGAACUUUGACCUUUGUAAUGCAUUAUUCUGUGUUAGCAUUAUUCUCGCUGUCUCUUUGGCGUCAGUGGUUUAUUUGUCCUAGUUUUAACAAUUUAAACAACAGCACAUUUUAUGCUCCCUGUCCCUUCGCCCUCUCCUUUUGUAAACUUGGAAGAAGCUUGUUACCAUUAACACAUAUUUCACAGCCCAUUUGUUCCCAUGCGUUUUGAAAUUAAACCCAGCAUAAGGCUGAUGGAGAGGUCCUUAAAAGCUUUGAUUGCCCAAUAACCACAGCCUCCACACUGAGUGCGAAGCCUUAUUGGAGGAAAUGAGCCAGGCCAAAAGUAGAUCCGCCGAAAAAAACAAAGAAUGCCUCAUGUUUAAAAUGACUAAAUGCAUAAUGUAACAAGUCACAGCACACAAAAACAUGUGUAGAUAAAUUGAUGUGCAAAUUUGAUAUUAUUUCAUACACUUAAUAAUAUUGUCAGCCAAGUGUUCAGCAGAGCUAGUUCCACUCACUGAGGCUUGAAGGACAGGGUCACGUUUAUUCAACUCUUUGUUCAUUACAUUGCAUUUACUGCAUUUUCUCUGCAGCAGUUUUACUUGCAGUGAUUGAGGUUGGUUUGCAUCCUGCCCAUUUAAAAUAUCUUUCUAUGUUGAUUCCUGUGUGGGAGAUGAAGGACUGAACACUGUUGUUUAUGCAAAAAAGGCUUUUUAAAUCACAGCUGAGGGCGACCAACCAGUUGUAGAUAUUCAACCACGUUUUCAAGUCUAGACUGUAUAGAAGCAAAGUUUGUACUAAAAUGAGUACAUUUUUCUCAAAUGUUAUUUUUGAAGAGCAUUAAGUUCUUUGAGUUUAACAGAAACAAUUGCAGCAACUUUCUUUACGCGCUACCAUUGUGAUGUGUUGAUGUUGUUUUCACUACCUUGAGCAGAAGGAGUCAUGAUUGCUGCAAUUAAAACAGAUCCAGAGUAAAUGUUGGCAUGUGAUCUUCUGAUGAAG